AUGGACAUUUUUACACCAUUGAGACGAGUGGAUCCAAAUCUUGAUGUUGGUUCGGCUGUAUGGAUUUCAGCUAUUGCAUUGGCGAUGCAGGGCAUUUCCAUGCCCCUUGGCGGUGCGAUUUUACCGAAGAUUGGGUAUAGAGCUGUAGUCAUCAUCGGAUGCGUAAUAAACAGCAGCAGCGUUCUGCUUACCUAUUUCACGAUUCAAAAGGGGUUUAUUUAUGUUGUCCUCACCUAUGCCGUUAUUCUUGGUUUCGGAUUCGGUUUAUCAUAUGCCAUCAUUUUUUCCGUUGCUGGUUCGUGGUUUCCAAAGCGCAGAUCCCUUGUUGUUGGGUUAAUUGUUGGUGGGUUUGGGCUUGGUGCACUCGUAUUUACUCCAAUUCAAACUGCGUACAUAAAUCCUAACAACGCAAUGGUCAAUAAUAUUUCCAAGCUUUUUGAAGACGAAGCUCUUUUGGAUAAAGUUCCAACCGCCUUCUUGAUGCUUGGCGGUUCGCUUGCGUCUCUCCAGUUCAUUGGCAUCCUACUUCUCAAUCAAAAACCGGAACCCAAAAAUAAGGAAAUGAAGUCUCUGGUGCAGUCUGGUGAUGAAGAGAAAGUUGUUGAACCAAAGGACGGCGAGUCACAGGAGGCUAAUUAUGCAAGUGAUGAUGUAAAGGAAUUCGCAAAUCGCAGAAGUCGAUCUUCACUGGCUGAGGCGCAUGCUCACAUUGGAGACUUUAACUCGUCAAGAGAUGCUCGAAAAUCUCUCACUUGUCCGCUGGAAAUUAACUAUCCACCACUUCAAGCACUGCGUCGACACGAAUUCUACUUCCUUUGGAUCGUGAUGCUGUGCAAUAUUAUUCCCAUCACUCUUAUUACGGCCUCCUUUAAGAUGCCGUUGUGCCUAAUGCUCGCCACGUGGGCCAUCAUCCUCUUCACCUUCCCACACGUAGUGGCCAUCAAGACGGGCUCGAUGGCCAUCUACGCUGUUUGGGUAUGCCUUCUCUUCCUUUUUCUCUCUGGUGUAUUUGUCCUGAUGCCCGCUGCCACAGGUCGCAUUUUCGGACCCACCUAUAUGGCCGUGAACUAUGGAAUGAUCUUUAGCGCUUUUUCCGUAGGCAGCAUCAUCUGUGCUGUCAUAAGUGAGAAACUUAAGGGCCACUGGACUCUUCUCUACGGCAUUUGUGGCAGCAUUUGUCUCUUUGCCUUUUUUGUAACACUCUGGAUUGUGGAUCCCUUCAUUGCAAAACGCGCCAACGUCUGCUCUCCCUGUGUAAAUCUGCUUCAAAAACUUCAACCUCGUGUUCCCCUCGGGACGUCCGAACCCGAGCCGACAACAUCUACCGAAUGA